UUAGGGCAUUUUGGAGUGGAAGCUUUAUAUAUGUGAUACUAUCAAAUCCACAGCGAGCCGAGCGACUGCGUCUCCAGCUAUAAAUCCGGCAGACCUUCUAUCGUCGCUCAAAACACUCAUCGACCUCCUCCGUCACCUCAUCCGUCAAAACGUCCGUUAAACCCUCGUCGGCUUCAUCUGCUCUCAUCGAGAUGGAAAGAGAACCGUCCAAGUCCCGUUCGAAGGUGUCAAUGGAGUUGGACAGAAUUAGCAACUUACCAAGUGACGUUAUAAACAGAAUUUUGUCACAUUUGCCGAUUAGGGAAGCAGUUAGAACAAGUGUUUUAUCAAGCAAGUGGAGGAACAAAUCGGCUAUGCUUUCUCAUCUUUUGUUUGAUGAUCGGUGCACCUCGGAUCAAAACCCUACAACCUUUACAGGCAUUGUUGAUCAUGUACUCUUGGGUCACAUUAGCCCCAUAUACAGGUUCAGGAUCAUUCAUUCCCGACCUCAAGUCUGUAGAGAUAUUGAUCGAUGGAUUCUUCAUCUGUCAAGAAACUCUAUCAAAGAGUUGUUGCUUAAUAUCAAAUGUAGUGGGCAUCGCCACAAGAUGCCUUCAUGUUUGUUUUCUUGUCAAGAUCUCAUUUAUUUAGUGUUGUAUGAUUGUUUGCUACAACCUCCAUCCAAGUUCCAAGGAUUCAGGAGUUUGAAGACUUGUCGUCUUUUUAAUGUUACCCUGGACCAAGAUGUGCUUGAGAAUCUGAUUGUCUGCUGUCCUCUCCUUGAGAGAUUAACAUUGUGGCACUGUGAUGCAUUAACCCGGUUCAAGAUUGAUGCACCGAAUCUCAAAUUCCUUCAUUUUAAAGGCGUGCUUGAGGAUGUUAGUCUUGUGAAUACCUUAAAACUGGCCGAAGUUCACAUUAGUUUGACUGCUGAUGUUGCAAAUGACCAAAGACGGACUGCUGGAAGUUGUAGCAAUUUGCUCAAUUUUUUUGUUCAUCUGCCUCAUAUUCGAUGUCUUCGUGUCAAAUCUAACUUUUUGAAGUAUUUGGCUGUCGGAGUCUUGCCAGGAAAGCUACCUCAACCGUGUCUAUAUCUGAAUUUUUUUUCUAUACAUUUAAGCUUCAACGAUCCGAAGGAGAUUUUAACUGUUUUAUGUCUUCUGAGAAGCUUCCCUGCUCUACAGGAACUUGAAAUUUCAGCCUUGAAUGAGUAUGAGGGUGCUGAGGGAGAAGUGAACUACGGGUUAGACAACAACCAGAAUUGCCAAUUGACCAAACUGCGAAUUGUCAAAAUAACCGGCAUCUAUGGUGACAAAGCUGAACUAGAUUUCAUCAGGUUUUUGCUUUCAAGUUCACCUGUGCUCGAGAAGAUGACUGUGAAGCCUGCUACUGCUAGAGAUUUUCAACUAGUAAAAAUGUUGCUCCAGUUUAAGCGUGUCUCGGAGAAUGCAGAGAUAUUCUACUUAGACCCUUGAUUCCUCAAUGAAACAUGUUUGGCAGAUAAGAUACGAGGACUUACCGGCAGAAACUGAAUGCGGAUUUUGAUAGUUUGAUACAAUUAUCUGUUAUGUAUUUUUCUUUGAACAAUGCCUCAGUGUCUUGCUAGGUGCAUUGUUCAGUGUCUUACUAGGUGCCUUUUUUUGGAGUGUUAUGUCUUGUCAAACGAUGCCAGUAGAUAUGUCUUCUUUUCUUUUACUAAUCUCAUGUUCAACUUGGACUCUGAUGUUAAAUUUUGACCCUAAGAUGUCUGAUGAUAUGUCUCGAAUACAAGAGGAGUAAUUUGAAAGUG